CUGCAAUAAUUUUAGCUCCGUGGAAUUGGGUGAAGCCAACAAACAUUACGGAUAAUCCGCCCUUUCGUCAUUGAAGAUAAUAUAAACAAAACGAACGCUUUUAAACCUCCGUCAAAGAGACAGCUCACUACUACAUCUUCUGUCGAACUAGCUCACCCAGCGUCAUCCCGACACACUUCUCAUCGCUCCCCAAAAAGGGACGGAGAGAGGCCACCGACCUGUAUUCCCCCCCCCCCCCCCCGGGGAGACCGUCAAAUCAGGAACACUGGCGCUGCAACCAGAGGCUUACGGCGGUCCAGCGACCGCUGUAGGUAUGGCUCAGAGCGCGAGCGAUGUUCCGCUCGAGGAAUAUGAUUAUGAGGGAUUACCUCCGAAUUUCAGCUUGUUGCAGAAUAUGACGGCUGGUGCGGUGGCGGGGAUUGCGGAACACACAGUCAUGUACCCCAUCGACUCGAUCAAGACGCGCACACAGAUCCUCGGCACCAUGCAGCAGCCACGCACGGUGUAUAACAUGAAAUGGGCUAUCGGGCUAUGGAGAGGAAUGUCCAGUGUUGUGGUAGGAGCAGGUCCCGCACAUGCGAUUUACUUCGCGACUUAUGAGGCUGUUAAGCAUCUUAUGGGCGGUAACCAGGCGGGACUCCACCACCCCCUCGCAGCUGCUACCAGCGGCGCCUGUGCCACCAUCGCCAGCGACGCGCUCAUGAACCCCUUCGAUGUUAUCAAACAACGCAUGCAAAUCCACGGCUCCAAGAAGCUCUUCCGCACCAUGCCUGACUGCGCGCGCUACGUCUUCCGCGCCGAAGGCCUGCGCGCCUUCUACGUCUCCUACCCCACCACGCUCUCCAUGACCGUCCCCUUCACGGCCCUCCAAUUCCUGGCCUACGAAUCGAUAUCCACCUCCAUGAACCCGACCAAGGCCUACGACCCCGUCACGCACUGCGCUGCGGGUGCGGUGGCGGGAGGGUUUGCGGCGGCGCUGACGACGCCAAUGGAUGUGGUCAAGACGAUGUUGCAGACGAGGGGGUCGGCGAGCGAUGCGGCGCUGAGGAAUGUUAAUGGGUUUGUGGAGGGGUGUAAGUUGUUGCAUCAGAGGGAGGGGUAUAGGGGUUUUUUCAAGGGGGUGAAGCCCAGGGUUAUUACGACGAUGCCGAGUACGGCUAUUUGUUGGUCGGGGUAUGAGGCUUGCAAGGCUUACUUCAUCCGCCGCAACAACUCAAUCCUAUAAACCAACCCAUCCAUCCACCCUCAUCUCAUUCGUCCGCUCUCGCGCAUACAUCGUUAUCUGACCACCACCACCAGCAUUCGCCAAGCGACAUCGGAAGUCCCCCAAACCCCGACCGAACUACGUCUUUUCCCAUGCAUGCGUGUGUAACGGAUCACCCAACCACGUACCCCUGCCACCCCCGGUCUUGGCGACGCGACACAUUCAUCAGAUAACGACCCGGCGGCUUCGGAGAUAGAUGGAUCCACGGAGUCGUUGCGGAGAUACAUACGGCUUUUUGCGACCACCGGUGAUUGUCGAUACGAAAAAAAAACUGUACAUUCUGUCAUAUUUCUACUUUAAUUAUUUCCGUUUUAUGGAGCGCGCGUACGCACACGCGCUCGCGCUAGGUUCUUGUCUCUUUUUUCGGCCAGGUCGACUGGGCGGCUGGCCUACACUUUAUGCGUGGUUCUGCAUGUAUAGACAGCCUUCCUUGGGACGGCGAGAUGCGAAGGGGCUAUUUGCUUUUUUGGCUCAAAAGAAGAGGAGGGGGAGGGCGUUUUUUUCGAAUUUUCAGGGACGACGACGCUAGAUUGGACUGUGUGUAGUGUGUAUAAAUAUGAUAGGCUAUCGGAUUCGGAUUCAUAGCGUGGGGGGAGGGGAAAGGCUGAUUCUUAUCUAUUGAUGAUUGUGCGGGUGAUGUGUGAUGGGAUGUGAGAAGUUGAUGUAGU